CUGCUACCUCUCAGGAAGGACUUGGAACAGCGGGUCGUCGCAGUCUCAAGCCGUGUUUUCUGGGGCAUUUUCAAAUAAGAUGUCGAACGCCGAGGACCUACUGCGGGAUUUUGAGGAGGACGAUGAAGAUUUCGAGGCCAUCGAUGACCUUCAAGAUGAAGGCGAAGGAGGAGGAGGAGUGGAGGAAGAGGAGGAAACUGUGAUGGAGGAGGCGCCUCCGCAGGCCACGAAUGAGUUUGAGACGGCGAUAUCUACACAGGACGAGCUCACACGUCUCCACAAGGUACUACGCGACCAUUAUUCGGUUCGGUUCCCGGAACUUGAGACUCUGGUGACAACUCCGAUCGACUACGCAAAGACGGUGGCUAUUCUGAAGAAUGGCCCGUUGGACGACAUCAAAGCGCUAUCUUCCUCGGCGGAGAACAUGGUCGGCGUGCCGCUGAAGUCGGUCCUCGAUGGCCCGUCGCUGAUGGUGGUGGCGGUGGAGGGCACAACUACGCGGGGGCGGGAGAUGAGCGAGUCGGAGCUAAAAGCCGUUCUGGAUACGUGCGAGAAGAUCCUGAGGCUGGAUCGUGAACGGAGGGCGCUCACGGAGAGCAUCCAGUCACGCAUGAACAAAAUUGCGCCAAACUUGGCAGCCUUGAUUGGGCCCGAGACGGCAGCCCAGUUCCUCAACCAGACCGGUGGAUUGCGGGAGCUGGCCAAGAUACCCGCGUGCAAUCUAGGAGCGCAGGGCUCGCGGCGACGUGACGGGCUGGGUUUUGCUACGAACACCGGCAUCCGGGCACAAGGCUUUCUCUACGAUUCAGAGCUCAUCCAGGGAAUUCCCAACGACCUCAAGCGUCAGGCGAUCCGUAUUGUCUCGUCGAAGAUGGUCCUCGCCACCCGGGCAGAUGUGGCGGGAUUCAGCACUGACGGCUCGCUGGGCGAGGAUCUAAAGCAGCAGUGCUUCCAGCGGCUGGACAAACUGACGGAGCCCCCGCCGAAUUCUGGGGUGAAAGCGCUCCCGGCGCCAGACGACAAACCUUCACGGAAAAGAGGCGGACGCCGAGCCCGAAAGGCUAAAGAAGCGAUUGCUAUGACAGAGCUCCGCAAGGCCCAGAACCGAGUCGCUUUCGGCAAGGAGGAGGCCGAGGUUGGGUACGGUACCGGCGAGGGGACUGUCGGACUGGGGAUGAUCGGGCAAGAGAAUGAUGGGCGGAUCCGCGCCAUCCAGAUCGACCAGCGGACGCGGGCGAAGCUGAGCAAGUCGAACAAGGGCUGGGGCACCGCCACGCCUGUCAGCGGUACGGCCUCGUCGCUUCGGGGUUUUGGACAGGGUGCCGGCGGCACCGCCACCGUUCUCCAGGCCAAGGGUCUGCGCACUUCGGGCGUGGGCCCGACCCUGACGGGCACGGCCGGCACAGCGAGCACUAUUUCCUUUACCCCCGUGCAGGGCUUAGAGCUUGUCGACCCCAAGGUCCAGGCCGAGCUGAACCGCAAACGCAAGGCGGAGGAAGACCGCUGGUUCCGGUCCGGGACGUUCACCCAGGUUGGCGGCCAAACCAGCACCACUCCGGCCGCCGGCUCUGGCGAGAAUGGAGGCUUCAAGGUCCCUGCUCUGCCGCCCAAGAAGAAGGUGGACACGGGUGAAGGCAAAAUGGCGCCUCCUCCGCUUCCGAAAUAAUCCCCUUUGGGAGGAAAAGCAUUACUGGCGUUCUCGGUUGUAUGAUACCAUUCACGGAUAUUAGAAAAUAUCACAAGCACUAUCAAGCAGUAUUGAUAUUUAAUUAAAGCU